CAGAAGUACCCAGGUCUUCAUUACUAUUUGGAACAUUUCUUGUAUUUCCUCCUUGUCCUUUCUUGUGCUGCUAAUAUAGGAGAGACGGACAGAGAGAUGCCGCUGUGCCUUAAGAUGAGUAAAGAUAAGUCUGGUGUGGAGGAUUUUCAGACAUGCCUCGAUCCGUCAGAGGAGAAACACUCGCGUUUGACUUGUUUAUCGUGGAGCAAAAGUGAUGUCAAAGGCUUUUUGUGGAGAAAUGCUUUUUUUCUUCUCACAGUGGCUGGAAUUGUCCUGGGUCUCAUCCUGGGUUUUGCUCUGCACGCCGUUCACAUGACAGCCACUCAGAUACAAUACUUCAACUUUCCUGGAGAGCUGCUACUGAGGAUGUUAACCAUGAUGAUACUUCCUCUCAUCACCUCCAGUCUGGUCGCAGGCAUAGCAUCUGUGGACAAGGAGACGUACGGAAAAAUGGGUCUAUAUUCUAUGUGCUAUUAUGUGACAUCCAUGCUUCUGGCUCUGGCAACUGCCGUCCUCCUGGUUCUUAGUAUCAGGCCAGGGAAAUCACCUGCGAGCACGACAGAGGCCUCUGGUGGUGAAUCGAGGGGGACGCAGACUUUGGAUGUCCUUCUUGAUCUCGUCAGAAAUAUGUUUCCUCCAAAUCUGGUGGAAUCCUGUUUCAAAAUGUAUAAAACGGUUUAUUCUGAAAAUCACACCUCAGGUGUCAUCAACACAACUGAAAGAAAUGACUCAAUAUCAAUGCCAACCCCAAAGGAAGGCAGCACAGAUGGGAUGAAUAUUAUGGGUGUAGUGUUCUUCUCCAUUGCAUUUGGCAUCACCCUGAGUCUAAUGGGUGAUGAGGGGAAACCUCUAAAGGACUUUUUCAACUGCCUCAAUAAAGCCAUCAUAAAUCUUGUCAACGCAAUCAUUUGGUACUCCCCAGUAGGGAUCAUCUUCUUGAUCGGGGGACAGAUUUUAAAGUUGAGAGACUUAGGUGAUAUGGGACGCCAACUUGGCCUGUUUGUUGUCACUGUCAUCACAGGCCUGGUAAUCCAAUCAUUGGUCCUCAUGCCUCUCAUCUAUUUCAUCGUCACACGUAAGAAUCCCUUCAAGUUCAUAGCAGGUCUCCUCGACGCUAUCACCACUGCCUUCGGGACAUCAUCCAGUUCUGCUACUCUUCCCAUUACUUUGCACUGUCUGGAGAAUAAACUUAAAUUGGACAAAAGGGUAACACGCUUCAUGGUGCCAUUAGGUGCAGUUCUGACCAUGGAUGGAACUGCACUCUAUGAGACCAUCGCUGCCAUUUUCAUAGCACAGGUUCAUAAUAUUGAACUCAGCUCUGGCCAAAUCGUCAUCAUUGCAAUAACUGCCGCAGUUGCAGCUAUGGGGGUGACAGGUAUUCCACAGGGAGCCCUCAUAGCCAUGGCGAUGGUGCUGUCAUCAGCUGGACUGCCACUGGAAGGCAUUUCAUUAAUCAUCACAGUAGACUGGAUCCUGGAUCGUCUGAGGACAAUCACCAACGUGAUGAGUGACGGCAUCGGUGUGGGCGUCGUGCAACAUCUCUCCAGACAUGAGCUGCAGAGUUCUUCCACGGAGGAACUGAUGCUUGAUGACAACACCAACAACUUUUGACUGGGUCACAGUACAAACAUGUGACCACACUCUGUCGAGUAGAAUGCAUGGUUCCAAUAGUAGAAACAUUAGAACUAUAUACCACUGUACAAAUUCUACACCAAUAUUUAGUCAUUUAUACGCCAAAGAAUGUGCAUAUGCUUAACCCUGACACAAAGAUUCAAGUUAAAGAAGUUGAAUUGAGGGCACUAGUGGUUAGCACUGUUGCCUCACAGCAAGAAGGUUGCCGAUUUGAAUCCUGGUUCGACUGAGGGCCUUUCUAUGUGGAGUUUGCAUGUUCUCCCCGUGGGUUCUCCUGUUUCCUCCCACGGGUGUGACCCUGCCUUUCACCCUGUGUCUGCUGGGUCCCCCAACAACCCUCAUGCGCAGGAUAAAGCAGUGGAUAGUGAAUGAAUGAAUGAAUGAAAAGAGCAAAGUUAGUAAUAGCCUUAAAAACUCAGUACCAUCUGACCUAAUAUGUUAGAAAUUUCAAAAGAUACUCAGUGCAGGAUUAGCAUUAGUUUUCUUUGCACAACAAUUAGUGAUAGUGGAUUUGACCUCUGCAUUUAACCGACCAUCCUUAUCACACACACAACCCUACUUCUAAAAAAAGAAAACUUUGCCAUUUCAAACUAAAUCAAUCAUAAAACUAAAGAAAGGAAAAGAGCAAUGUUCCUCACAGUUAACUCAACAGGGUACAAAUCCCAGGAUGGGUCUGAAUGACUGCGGUAACCCUGAGAAACACCCAGUCCACCAUUGCUCCCUGGGUGCAGAGGCAGUGGUCAGUGAUUAUCUUUUUUAAGUAGUAUAGGUGCAAUUUAACUGUUGAAAAUGUUUCUUCCAAUAUGACAUUUUUUGACAUUAUAAUUGGUGUUUGGUACCUGGUGUGUUUCUCUUUCCAGUCUCCUGUAAAGUGUGACUCAUCUUAACAGUGCUGUGUU